CUCAAAUGAAAAAUCCCAAACACCAUUUAUAGGUUCCGACUGUAUUGAUUUCAUGCCAGACAGCUUUCUCGUGAUUUUGCUCACGUGUUCAGUUAGAGCCUGCCUGUCGAAUCGCCAGAACCAUGGAGGCGAGCAUUGAGUACAAUCCAUAUGGUAGUCCGGGUACUGCAAUGGAGAUACCAGCUAAUCAGCACAAUCUAGAACGUCUACGAGAAAUCAUAGAAAAUGGAAACCUCAAGCAAGGAAAAAUAUUUCGGAAACCUUCAAAGAAGACUUGUCACAAAUGUGAGAAAACAUUUCUCUUUGGUUGUAAUCACUGUCGUCUAUGUGAAAAAACCUUCUGUAACGAGUGUUAUAUCCAAGUUCCUGAUUCAGUAUUUGAUCCUCCGUACAGCAGCCGAGAUAUACCGCAAAAGCCAUCGAUGGUCAAGUUAUGUCUGGACGGCUAUCGACAGCUAUUAAAUGAAAGGCAAACUUUAAACAUACAAGAAGGUAGUUAUCACUAUAUAAAUCAGACUAUUGAUGCAUUAAAGAGAGAUAUCGGGGAAGCUAUACAUAGCUAUAAUACUACAGUCACCGAAAUAAGGUAGGCCCGGUGUCAAUUCAAUUGUACUACUCGAUGGCAAAUAUCGAAUACAAUCUUAUACGUACGUUAAUACCAUAACAUAUAUUUAUAAUCACCAUCAUCAUCAUCAUGGCUUUGUCAUUUAAGCUUCAAGUUUAUUUUAUUAAUAUCAUAUACGCAGCCAAGGAUGAAUUACAAGAUAUUUACAGUACAUUAAAAAACAUUAAAAGUCACAACAUUAUAUAGAAAGUUAUUUGAAUAAAACAUCGUACAUAUAGGCCUAAUAAUUGUUUAAAAUAUAUAACAAAUAUAAUUAACAAAACUUCUAUGAGAACAAAUGAAAACCAAUGAGUUUCAUAUUAUUUGAUGUGAAGUAGAAUCCGAUUGGAAACAACACUUAUGUGUUCAAGUAUGAAACAGCACCUACGCUGGAAACUAGCGUAACAUGGUAGGCUUCGCCAUCCCAUCAUUAUAAGCGGUGUACGGUAAGA